AUGGGUCCGGACGGGCACCUCAAAAAGACCAACCGCUACCGGCUCUCGCUGACUUGCAACGGCCUGGACUUGAGGGCCUUUCCCUUCGACACCCAAAUCCUCCCCAUUCGCCUCAAGGCGCGGAACCGGAGCCAGACCGAGGACGGGGAUGUGAUCCUGGUGGGCCCGGAAGGCUUGAACGGGGAACACAAGAAGCAGGGCUUGCGGCGCAUGGGCCACACGGUGAAGAUGCAGGCAGAUCGACUGGCGGACUUCAAGAUCCAGUCUCUGAUGGGUCUCCGCACGGAGACCCCGGACCGAUGGUACGAGGUGCGCAUCAUUGUGGAGCGCAGUCCAGGCCACGCCAUCCGCAACGUGGCGAUGCCGUGCCUGGUGAUCUUGACCUUCUCCUUCACCAUCUACGCCAUCCCCAUGUCCGAGCUGGGCUCCAGGUUGGAGAACACCGCGACUUGCCUGCUGGCGAUGAUGGCCUUUCAGGGCGUGGUCAAUGACAUGCUGCCGCCCGUCUCAUACGAGACGGCCCUGGGUAGGUAUGUGACCGCUGUGUACAUCAUUCUGAUGUUUCACGGGGUGGAGCACGCGCUCUUCUCGACGCUCACCUCCAAGAGCGAUUCCGUGGCGCCGCGGGACAGGCCCAUCGACAUCUUCUUCUCGGCGGUGGAGUACUGGGACGGUAACAGCGACUACCUCCGCCAGGUGGAGGCGGUGCUGGUCGUGGCUGAGUUGGUUCUCAUCGUCUUCAUUCACGUGGCGUAUGUAUUUUACCUCUUCUGGCUGCGGCGCCAUGGAAAGGCCAAGCGCCUGCGGGAAGCCCAGCGCCCGGGGGUGUCGCUGGUGGACGCCCGCAGCGGCUUCGGCACGCGCCCGGUGUCGACUCGGUCCUUGGAAUCGGAAGUAGGCCAGAUGACGCGACCAAGCACCGCACGGACUCUAUUGCAAUCCACGAGACUGCGAACCAAGAGGUAGCACGUCCACGUGCAUGUCGAGGGCCACGAGAGCCUCGGAAAAACCCAUUGCCAGAGUGCAAGGGCGCGCGAAAUGAGCCCUGUUUUAGGCGGAGACUUAAGCUCUCCGCGUUUAGUCGCGUCACAAGGGUUGGCAUUUCUGGAUA